ACACGGAAGUGUCAGUGUAAGCGUUACUUAAGCGGAGACUUGUUACAUAGCGCCCGUAAGUGCAUCUUCUUUACCUAGAAGUUACAACACACCUGUCUGACGGACGAUUAAAUACUGCGCUCGAGCUUCUCUUAGUUUUUAGUCACUUGCUACAUUUUAGCGCUAAACGGCGGACAGCAUUACAGUCAAGAUGCUUAAAGCCAUCGGUCAGACUUUGUUUUCUUCUGGACUCCAGCACCCAAAGUUCACUGCUCAACAGAGUAAGGGUGAAGACUAUGAGGUCCGUACUUACCACGCAACAAACUGGGUGAGCACAGCUAUGACUGGCAUGGAGCAGGACCCGGCCCUUAGCACUGGCUUCAGAAGACUCUUCAAAUACAUUCAGGGGAAUAAUGACAAAAAGUGUAAGGUGGAGAUGACGGCACCAGUGAGCUGUCUGAUUGAGCCUGGUGCUGGACCCGCUUGUGAAAGCACCUUCACUGUGUCCUUCUACAUCCCUGAGGAACAUCAGGCUGACCCACCCAAACCCACUGAUCCAGAUGUUUUCAUCGAGAACAGACAAGAGGUCACGCUGUUUGUGAGGACCUAUGGAGGCUUUGCUAACAGUGAGAGCAGCCGUGUGGAGCUUCUGAAACUGAUAGAGAGCCUCAAGAGGGAUGGGAUGAAAUUCAAGGAGGCCCCGUUCUACAGAGCGGGAUAUGACAGCCCCUUCAAACUGACAAACCGCAGGAACGAGGUGUGGCUGAUCAAAGAUGAGGAAUAAAAGUCCUUAAGGAUCAAAUGGUCAUGCCUUAUGAUGUGAAUGAAGAGGAGGUCAAUCUGUUUGUUUGAACUUAACAAUAGUUAUUGUGCAGAUGCUUUGUUUACUAUGUACCUCAAGUGCCUGAAUGUUUUUAUAAAAGAAUUUAACACUACUAAUCGUAUAUCUGACCAGUAUAUUUUACAGCAACAUUAACUCUUUAGGUACCUACAGUUAUCUGUGAAAUCAUACAAAAAGAAUGUUGCAAUAAUUUCUAAUCGGCUGUUGUUGUCACUAAUAACGUCUCAAAGCACUUAUGUUUGUAGAGGCACAAGUACUGCAUGACUUGACUGAAUCACUAACUUUAAAUGUUGUGAAAUAUCUAUGUCUUUAUCUGAAUAAAUCUGUAUUUUAAGCUGUU